AACCGGAAGCAGCUGUAGAGUCUGAUUCGAGAGGCUGGCGGGAAAUUGCUUCUCUUACAUUUUCGACGAUGGUACGGUGACAUGUAUGUCAUGUAAACAAUGUUAUUUGCAUGUUACGGUUUUGUUAUUUUAUUAGGUCCAAAAGAUCACACGAGAGGCAAGUCAUCGAAAUACUUCACUUUGACGGACUGUCUGUGAUCUUAAAAACCCAGCAUGGUGCAAAUCAUCAUCUCAAGUGCCGUUGGUGAGGACCCUGCUGAGUGGUUGCUGCUUGAACUGCAGGGGGAGGUGGUGUCACGUCACAACACUGGUAUGGCAGGGAGCAUGAUGGGAGACUUGCACUACACCAAAGAGGGAGUUCCCAUCCUCAUCGUGGGCCAUCAUAUCCUCUACGGGAAGCAGGUGAAGCUGGAGAAACCCUUAGCCGUCCUGAUAAAACGCUCCGGCCUUCCGCAGGACGCGGAGGAUGCCAUGGAGACCAGUCAGGACAGGCCGACCACGUACACCGUCACCGCGCUCAUCAAGAAGAAACUGAUCUUCAAGACUCGACCCAAACCCAUCAUUACCAAUGUGCCUAAGAGGGUGUAGCCUAUGGCCUCGGCCAGACAGAGACUGUGGACUCAAGGUCGUCCCAACAAGGUCAGAGAUUGGUGGAUGAACCUUAGAUCUCUGGCAGACAAGUCUGGAAACUUUGGCAGUGCUUUUGACAUCAACCUAGAUGAAGACAGGCCAACGAUGAGACUUCUCCAGUAGCUUCAUUGAGGUCAUUCGUUGUGUAAUUUCUCAGCUGCCCAUACAAGAGGAUGCAAAGUAAAGAGAUGACCAUGAAAAGCCAUUUUACUACUGGAGGAACGGUGUGGGGUGUGAAAAGUUGUUGAUAAGUAGGAACAAAUUGUUUAAAGCAGCUGAAUUCAGAUAAUAUUUAUUGUUCUUAAAAACAAUGCUUUACAGAUAUCAUAUUGUCUGAAAAAAUAAACACCGUUUGAAUUAAAAUUGAUUUUUAAAAAUGCUUUUAGAAAUCCCUUUCUUACAUAUUUAAAUAUCUACACAUGAAAACUUGAUUUUUUUUUUAAACAUGAUCGGUCAUUCCCAGUUACUUGUGGCCUAGCAUCAGUUUUUGGGCCGUACAGAAUGUGCUGUUGUGUGAUCAGGUCCCAAAUUUAAAUAAAUGAUUGUGUUGGCAGUUUGACCCAACUUGUACUAAACACCUCAGAAUUGUUAAAGAUUCAUUACACUGUUUUUGUUGUCAAAACAAAAAGGCUACAGUAUGUGUACAUUUUUAGAAACCUACACCAAUGUAAUUUAGAAGGCAGAAGAUGACCACAAUUCUACUGAAUUUGAUUUUGUAAAUCAUCAAGUACACUGUUUGGAAGAUGUAAACAGACA